CCACCCCCCCAUCUGUGUUCCCUGUCCCUCCAGUGCCGACGACCAGUUCACAGAAACCAUGGAGACCAAUGUGGUGAUCCGCUACGACGGGCAGGUGAUGUGGGACUCCCCUGCCAUCACCAAGAGCUCCUGCAAGGUGGAUGUUUCCUACUUCCCCUUCGACGGGCAGCAGUGCCGACUGACCUUCGGCUCGUGGACCUACAAUGGCAAUCAGAUCGACCUCCUGAAUGGGCUGGACACUGGCGACCUGACGGACUUCGUGGAGAACGUGGAGUGGGAGGUGCUGGGCAUGCCGGCCAAGAGGAACGUCAUCAUCUACGGCUGCUGCUCGGAGCCCUACCCCGACAUCACCUACACGCUGCUCCUCAAGCGACGUGCCUCCUUCUACAUCUUCAAUCUGCUCCUCCCCUGCAUCAUGAUCUCCUUCCUGGCCCCGCUGGGCUUCUACCUCCCAGCCGACUCUGGGGAGAAGGUCUCCUUGGGGGUGACGGUCCUGCUGGCGCUCACCGUCUUCCAGCUGCUGGUGGCAGAGAGCAUGCCGCCCUCCGAGAAUGUGCCACUGAUUGGGAAGUAUUACAUUGCCACCAUGACCAUGAUCACGGCCUCCACUGCACUGACCAUAUUCAUCAUGAACAUUCACCACUGCGGCCCAGGAGCCAAGCCCGUGCCCAAGUGGGCCAAGAAGUUCAUCCUGCAGUACAUGGCCCGGCUAUUCUUUGUCUACGAGGUGGGGGAGAGCUGCAAAAGUCCCAAACGGCAAUUGGGCCACCUACCCACAGUCCAGGUGGUGAGUGGCAGGGCCGGGCAGCAGCACCAAGUCUGUGGGAAGACCCCGUGCCUUUGCCACCACAACAGCCUGCUGAGGAAUGUUGAGUACAUUGCCAACUGCUUCCGGGACCAAAAGGCAGCUCAGAAACAGAGUGGUGAGUGGAAGAAAGUGGCCAAGGUCAUGGAUCGCAUCUUCAUGUGGAUCUUCUUCGUUAUGGUCUUCUUCAUGAGCAUGCUCAUCAUGGGCAAAGCCAUCUGA